ACAAUAAUACAAUUUUAAUGUAAAAUAAACGUAAAAUGUUAUGAGUUAAGCGAUGCUUUAUUAAAUAUAACAUUAUAUCGGAAAGCUAUAGAGUGAAAGUUUAUGUUUAGUGAGGAUUUUUUUGAAUUAUCGUAUUUACUUUCUUCACUGGUUACAUUUAACUUCGCAUCGCAAUUUGCUUUGGUGCAAUUAUAGUUUAAUUUUCUGUUACUCGUUGUACAGAAAUAAAAUGGUGAAUGUUAUUAUCACAGGCCUUCCGUAUAACGUAACUAUUUUAUGUUAAGAGUGCAUAAAUUCAUCGACUUCCUACUUUAUAAUAUAUUUCAAGAAAAUAUUAAAAUCAAUGUUAAUUACGUGUGUAACGAUGGGGAUAAGGCAAAACUAUCACUAAGCAUGAGGUCAAAUGAAGCCCGUAAAGUUGUCAAAUUCUUGGACGGGUACGAAUUUACGUCUCGAAGGUUGAAAUAUCCGUUACAUUGCUGGAGAGAAAACGGCCCCUCAGAUAUAAACAACGCUGAUGACUCCCAACCAUUUUCAUAUCUCCAACAACCCUCACAAAUCACUUUAAAUGCACCAGAUGAAUUACAGGCCAUAAAUCGUCAGAUACAAUUGAUUAAAAAACAAAGAAUUCUUAUAGAAGAGGAGAGCAAGUUACUUAUAGAGAAGAAACGACUCGAGAUGAUUCAGAAUCUGGGGCCCAAUGAUCUUCAUAAACUAUGCAUGUUGUAUCAGAAAAGUAACAGUAAAACUGAAUCAGUCACUACUGAGAUUGCGCAGGAACCAACUAAAGUACCCGAAUUUAUUGGACCGUGCAAAUUAAUAUUUGGCGAAAUGACACAAAUAAUAAGAUCGAAAGUUGACAAAAGAUAUCGCCUCGCCUUCAUGAAAUUGUUGCGUGCUAACGUCAGAAAGCGUUUGUUGUUCGCUUUAAAGGACGAAGCGUAUAUGUCUUCGAAGGAGAUAUUUGCUUUUUAUAGAAAAUUCUAUCCCAAAGAGACGGAUGAAAAUCUCGUUCAAGAGCUUAUGGAUGUUGUUUUAGAAAAUCGCAGCAACAUGCAGGUAGCGGAUACGGGACAAAAAAAUAAUAAAGGAUUUCCAACAGGCGUAAAACCUCACAAAAGCAGAAUGACUGAUAAAAAUGAUGAUAUGAUUUUCUAUGAAGAUGUGAACACAGAUUUCGAAGACGGUUUCAGAUUGGAUACCGGUCCAAUACACAGCGGAUUGUGUUUCAAAAACAUGCAAAAUACAAACGACGGCGUGUGCUGUGAUUUUGAUGUUCAAAAUGCUAAUGAAGACUACGAAAGAUCAUACGAAUAUAAAACAAAAGAUUUAAUUAAAUGUGACAAUGAAAACGAAGACUUUGAGGACGAAUAUGUAAGGGAACGCAAAGAUAAUUGUAUGGCUGCGAUCGAUCAAACGGCAACGGAAACGGCUCUUACUGACGAAUUUGAUAUAGAAAACGAUUUAGACGACUGGCUCGAAGAUGAUAAAGAUAAGGACAACUCUGCUGAGGUAGUGAAGAUUGAAUAAAAUUUUCUAUUUAAUUACAUAAUAGAUAUACGGAGCUAUUAUGAGAAUAUUUUUUGUUGUAUAAUUCAUAGAUCUCAUUCCACUACUAACUGUUGAACAGAAUAAAUUAUGAAGAUAAUAAAACAUAUUUAAUAA